AUGAAAUCCAUUUCCCUUCUUCAUCGUCCUCUUCUACUUCCCCAACGCCCAUCUUCAUUGAUACUCCGGCGGUGGCGGCUGCGGCAGUGGAAAACUAGCCUUGAGCAGCCAUGCAAGCAACAAUCACCUAUGAAGGUGUUUGUUGCAAGAAAAGAUGGAUAUGAUAGGGAUUUUGAUGGGCGGCGAGUUGAUGAGAACAUGAUUGUUCUACGGAUGCGGAUUCAAGACAUGAAAAUAAAGGCUGAUCAAAGGAAGGAUGAGCCACCAUUGCACUGGAUGGAGUGGGAGAAGAGGUAUUACCAUGAUUAUGACUCUGAUAUCUUUGAAGCCAUAGGGCUAUUACAAACUCAACUGAUGAAGACAAGGCCAAGCUUGGUGUUUGGGAUGGUGGCCCUACUUGCACUUACUGUUCCUACAUCGAUGCUUAUCACUGCUUAUCAUUUGAUGCAAAUACUAAAGGGGAUAAUAUGUGGAAUUCAUCUCAAUUGA